AUGGUGAAAGGAACGAAGUAUCUAUUUGAUAUUUUCAAAGUUUUUGGUUUGGCCACAAUGUCUAUGACUGAUUGCACAAAAAAAAAUAAUUUCAAGAAUCGAAAAAUGUUUUCAUAUUCAUAUCAUGGUAUAAUAUACAACGGCGUUUUAAUUUGCUUUUUGAUUAUUGCUGGAAUAUAUAAGAUGUAUUAUAUUCGAGAUAAGUUGAUCGAUCAAUCGAGAAUGAGUGAAGUUAUUGACGUGUUUGGAAAUUUUAUAAUAUAUGCUGUAUCUGUUGUACUAUUAUCGAAAUACAUGAUAAGUCAAACUUUAGCUGUCAGAAUCGGCAACAACUUAUACUCGAUUAAUUUAGUUUUGAAAAGAUUUAAUUUAAAAUACAAAAAUCAAUACAUGAUAAUGCAUUACAAGUUAGUCUUAUUAUUUGACAUAACUAUAUGGUUGGGUGUGAUAAUUAUUGGAUCAUUCAGCGACUGCACAUUUAUCGCGGCUAUUCUAACUUACAUACCAAAUUUUAUUAUUAACUGUUUAGUGAUUCAGUAUGUAGUUAUUAUCAUAUUUAUAUAUGGUGAAGCUAAAGCACUAAACAAUCAAUUGCGAAAAUACGUUGACAGGGCUUUUUCUAAUACAUUACUAUAUCAGUUUCGAAGACCAGUAUUAUCUGUGCAUUAUUAUUUACCUGAAAAUAAUGAAAUAAUUCUUUUGCAAAAGUCGUGCUUAAGUAUAUAUGAGGUCUCCAACAAUGUAUCUAAAUUUUAUUCCUUAUCUAUACUAAUUUGUAUAGUAAAACUCUUUUUCUCUAUUAUAUUGAAUACAUACUUUUUUCUAAAACCAUCAAUAUUUGGAAAAAGUAUGAUUACUUCUACUAUGAACCACGUUUGGUCUAUAAGCUGGUUGACGCUGGAUACAUUUUCCCUUUGCAUUCUAACGCAAUAUAUUACUAUGACCGUAAAUGAGAUUAAAAAAACGGGCGAUAUUGUUCACCAAAUAUUACGACAUUCAACUAGUUUAGGAGUUAUAAAACAGCUUAAUAAUUUUUCAUUACAUUUACUUCACAAAAAUAUUCAAUUUACGGCAAUGGAUAUGUUUUCUUUGGAUUGUACUCUACUGCAUUCCAUAGUUGGUUCCAUAACGACAUAUUUAGUUAUUCUUAUCCAAUUUCAAGAAAAUUCUUCAGAAAAACAUAAACCCUGA